AUGGCCACUUGGGGAAACACCACCGUCACCAACAAGCACGUCUUGCCGUACGUGGACUCGGAGACUGCCACUCCUGAGAUCAAGGCUGCUCUCCAGACUCUGCCCUUUGAGCGAAAUGUCUUUAAGCUGCUCGCCAACAGUACUAUCUCGUUCAAGCCCUUCAUGGCGCUCCUCGGCACCAUGUGGCACGCUGACCGCAAGAUCAAGUCCAGCGAGUGGCAGACCACCGUUCUGCGCACCGCCGCCACCCUCGACGCCCCCUACGAAUGGGACGUCAACGAACCUGUUGCCCGCAUCUUUGGCUUUACGCAAGUGCACCUCGAUGCGCUGCGCGAUGCCGAUACCCCCUUGCCUGCCGCGCUCUUCACUGAGCGCCAGCAGGCCAUUGGCGCCCUGAUUGCCGACAUUGGCAAGGGCAAUACCACCUCCGAUGAGACCAUGGCCAUUCUAAAGAAGAACUUCAACGACGAGGAAAUUAUGGAACUCAUGUACACGCACGGCGUCUACGCCUUCCUGGCCCGCAUGAUGAACAGCUGCCGCAUCGACUACGACCCUGAGAUCCCCGGCCUCGAGGGCAUGUUGCGCCAGUUCAAUGCCAAGGCCAUUGAGAAGGAGCUUGGUCCCCAGUCCGCGUAA